AUGCCUUCCAUUUCCGGCCAAACUAUUCUCGUCAUCGGAGGCUCCUCCGGUAUUGGUUUCGGCGUUGCAAAACUGGCCCUAGCCGAAGGUAUGAGGGUAGCAAUCGCCUCAUCAAACCCGGAACGAGUAGCCAGCGCAGUUGACCGGUUGAAAAAAUCAUCAUUCAACGAAGCAUCGACAGUUUAUGGAUAUACCGUGGACCUCGGCCACCACGACGUCGAGUCUCAACUUGAAAAACUUCUUGCUGACGUCACUAUUGCUUUCGGGGGUAAUAAUGGUCAGGAGAUGCUAGAUCAUCUUGUCUUUACUGCUGGAGGCCCAAUCGAGCAUCGACCAAUAAGCGACAUCGACCUCGACUUCAUUCACCGAUGUGGGCAGGUACGAUUCGCAGCUCCGCUGCUCAUCGGAAAGCUUGCACCACGAUUCUUCAAGUCCCACUGGAAAUCAUCUAUCACUUUCACAAGUGGUAAAGUCGCAGAGAAACCAUUGCCCCAGUACACAGUUUUUGCUUCCUACGCAGCUGGCCUUAGUGGUGCCACCCGAAAUUUGGCCUUGGAUCUGAAACCCAUCCGAGUCAACCAGGUCAAUCCAGGUGCGGUGAUUACGGAACUCUGGGGCGAAGGAGCGGAGGCCCGCAUCGAGGAAACUGCCAGAAAGGCACUCUUGGGUAAGAUGGGUACACCAGAGGAGACUGCUGAGGCUUAUAUCUACUUGAUGAAGGAUACCACGGCGACUGGAGUGUUUAUUAACAACAGUGGUGGAGAUCUUCUGUUGUGA